AUGACACAAAUCUUAAUUUCAGAUGUAUAUGAAACAAUAAAGGGUCAUUUAGAAAAUUAUUUGAAGACUGGUGAUACCAAAACACCUAACAGGGGGAGGGGUCAACGAGUUCCUAAAAAGAAUUCCCGGUAUGCACUUCAAACUGAUUCGGAAAAUAAUGACACCUCCAGUCCUAAAAAGGUUUGUUUUAAUGAUAAAGCAGUAUGUGAAUGUGAAAUACAAAUUCUAUAGCCAGUAAUGAGCUCCAAGAUUUGUUCUGUCCUCAAAGCAUACAGUCUAUAGUAAAAGCUGGUGACAUGGUAGAAUCUUGGUAACUUUAUAAUCUGAUGGCAAAGCAUGGUUGAACAUACCAUAAUUCUGCAUGUAUGAUUGUAUUUUAGAAUCCACAGAAGAAGCUUAAGUACACAAAACCUGCCAAUGAUGGUAAUUUGGUGAACCUAGUGCAAAACAAAUAUGGGCUGGGUGAUGAAUCUGUAAGUAAAUAAAUAUUUUUUAAAAUAAUGUGAAACAUACUGUACUGUACAGUGCAGUGAGAAGUUAAUUUGUGACAAGUGUAUUAACUUAUUAACCACUAGUAUUGUACUCCACAACUGUCGAGUAAAAUCGCCUGGCAUUAGACAGAGUAAAUAUAGGGCACAUUGGUGUGUGUGCAUUGCCUGCUGGUGGUACUUACAGUGGUACUGCAACGGUUUUUUGUGCUACACCUGAAAAUUUGUAUUCUUAAAUCUUAACAUACAAAUACAUGAUUGUAGGAUAGGGAAGGGUCAGACGAUGAUGAUUUCACAAAAACGAACAAUGUACAGAAGUUGUUGGAUCUCCGAGGUGAAAAUAAGAAAUUGCGGGAAGAAGUCAGAGAUAUGAGACACGAGAUCAAGGAUAUGAGAAAGGUUAUUUCUAAUAUGAGAGGUAAAAUAAUUAUGUUUAAUAAUUAUUGCUGUAAUGGUGUCAGUUUGAUUUCCAUCAAUUUAACACAGAGCAUAUUUUUUUACUAAAACUUGUCUUGUAGUACCUCUUGUAGUUUCUGCUUGACACAUAUACAUAAAGUGUAAAUUGGCUUUUAGUUAGCGUAGUAAGAGACUGGGCAACAAUGAAGAAAAGCUUGUCCCUCGGAAAUGCAGCUUUUUACAUAAUUCAAUUCAAAUAAAUUAUUCUCAUGAAAAGAUGAGGGCAAGCUUUUCUUCAUUGUUGCGCAGUCUCUUACAUCGUUUAUGUAUCAGACUGCGCACAGGCUACUUCUAGUUAAUUUCAAAAAAUUUAUUCCAUUAUUUGUUGCAGUGUGUCAGGUAAUACUGUACCAGCUGUCUAAAUUCAUUGGUCGCACUGGAUUUUCUAUUCCCUGAAUAUUGCAAUAUUGCCAUCAAUCUUACAUAAUUCAUUGGCUAAUUGCACCAAGCAAGUGCAAUCGAAAUGCGCAAGUUUCCUUCACAAGUUGCAACUGUUAUUAAUGCUCAAGUAUGGUACCUUCAUUUUGUCAAACAGCAGACAAAAUAUUAUACUAUCUAGUUUGUUUUCAAUUUGUCAGUGUUUCAUGAUAUGUGAAUUUAAGCUAAUGACAGUUGCAACUUCCGAGGGAACUUACACGUUUCAAUUGCAACUUAGAUGGAGCAAUUAGCCAUACUAUUUACUGCAUGCUGUUUUCUAACAUCAGUUUGUCAGAGAAGCCUGAAAAAUAGGGAUGUGUUAGUGUAUGCUGAGAUGCUUGUGCUUUUUUUAAUGCAGAUUUGACAAAUGUAAAUCAAGCUCUAAGUGAGUUAACCAAAACAGUUAACUUAAUGAGAAAACCCAAAACCUGCUCUACGCCAUCUUCCUCAUCUUCAUCUUCACGUUCAUCAUCACCAUCAAGAACACCCUCAGGUUCAAAACCAACGAUGGAACCAGUUUAUGUGCAAGGUUGUGAUGAAGAUAAAAGUGGUGAAUUGGCGGAAAGCAGUAAUAUGGUACGUCUUGUGAGAAUAUUAAUGUAUACAGACAGUGUAUUGUUAUUUGUGAUAUUGGUUUGCAAACUCUGAAACUUGGCAUUUUCCAACCUGGUACAAUGCUGUUGGUUAAUAAUAGAUUAAAGACAUACGGGUUAUAAUUAUGGUGGAUAAACUGGAUAUGAUUUUAGUCUGUGUUGUCAAUCUUUGGGACUAGUGUUUUUGGAUAGCAGUGUGUUAUCAGAUUUGAAAGGAGCAAUAGUUGAGUAGAUAUUGUAAAACUUGACAUGUACAGCCUACUAAUUUAUUGAACAGGGGCAAGUUGUAUCAGGGCCGAUCGUAUCUAGGUCGGAUAGCACUAUCCAGCCGAUAAGUUCCUCAUAAAAUUGUCUACUGAUUGAUAGAAUCCAGAUUAAACUUUAACUUUUGUAAGUUAAAGUUUCAUUUUAUUAAUUCUCACAAUUAAUUCAUUCAUUCAUAGUUUGAUAGUUUUAGAGCAUUUUGAAAACAAAAACGCUAUCUGACCGAUAGUGCUAUCCGGCCUUAUUCUUAAUUGAUUUUCCUAGUUAGUUUUUUCAAUUAAAAGGGUUUUAAUGCGCCUUAAAAACCAUUGUUCAACAGGCUGAACUGUGCCUUUAACAUCUGGCCUUGAUACAACUGGCCACCAGCUCAACUUCAUUGGCAUAGUUUUGAGUUCCUUAUAAAUUCUUGUGUUCCUUAUAAAUUAUGAAUUAAUUUCUUGAUGAAUAGUAACAAACAUUCUUAUUGAAUCAGGUGUUGCUUUGUCCUGGCAUUCAAGUCCUGAAGGCUCAGAAAAAAAUGUUGGACACAUGUG